AUUGGACAGGGAAGGAGAGCUUGUACCUGCCAGGUGGAGGUGAAUGCUGCUUCAUUAUUAGCCGAGAGGAGUUAAAUGGGAGUGGUGGGGCUCCUCCUACUUCCCUGUCUGCUCAAAAGCACUGGUGGAGGCAGUUGAAGAGUAAAAAGACAAGAACUAUAGCCUACAAGUAGUGGACUGUGUCAGAGAGUUGCAACCUGUGUUCUUGGAAAGCUGCCAGGCAGAUUGAUCACUUAGACAUUGAGCAAAGAUGGCAUCUAUUGCUUCCUUCAACCGUAAGCAGUGGGCAUCCCAGUCACUGAGGGUCACCGCCAAGGAGCUGGCCAUUGUCUCUGCCCGGGGUAAAAACAACGCUAUCGCAGAGCGCUUCUCCAAGUACCAGAUGGCAGCAGAGGAGGGCAAUGCGGAGAAGAAAACGGUUACAGAGCCCCUGCCCUCGAUAGUGUGCAGUGGGAAUUUGAGUGCUUUAAGGAAACGCUGGGAACAACAACAACAACAACAGCAGCAGCAGCUGCCCUCAUCCAGCCACAGAGCCCAACUUCAGGCCGCUCCCCGUAGUGCCGCCGACCCUCAGGGCCACAUCAGCCAGUCAACGGGCCCCAAGCAAAGAACUGCAUCAGAGAGUGAGACCCCGUCUGACACCCUGAAAAGCACCAAGUUCCCGCAAGGCCAGAAUACUGAGCCGGAGACACGAGGCCACACUGAGUUCAGUGAAUCCACCUCCAGUCAGCUGCAGUCGGUUCAGCCCCAGGAUCAGAUAGACAUGGAGGCGAAGCGUAGCAGAGACUCAGAGGGGCAGGAAGGAGCAGCAGCUGAAGUGCUGGACUCUGAGAAGCCCAGCAUUCCCCUGAACAGCCUCAAAAUGAUGUUCGAGAAGGGAGAGAACCUGACUGACAAGCAGGUGUCCAGAGAGCAGACAAGUCGAGGAAACAGCGGGAAUACUGCCCACAUGGAUCAGCUACUAGAUGGAAGUCUUGCAGAGUCCACUCCUCUCCGGGACAGGAUGGCCCUCUACCAAGCUGCCAUCUCUAAACAAGACGUCCCUCCCAACUCGGUCACUGGUGAUCAGCUGGACGGCUUCUGUGGAAAGCAGAAGGAGAACGUUCCUCCGUUCACUCUGGACACGAGCCCAGAGUCUGAGCCAAGUGGCAGGAAAGGCUUUUCUGCAGAGAGCAAUGGCUCUGCUGCUGGUUCCCCAUCAUCCUCCAGUCAGAAAGACCCUUCUCAGCCCAAGACUCCCAAAAGCUUCUGCCUGCCAGCAAGGGAGACCUGUGUGGCGUGUCUGAAGACUGUUUAUCCUCUGGAGAGGCUGGUGGCCAAUCAACACGUGUACCACAGCUCCUGCUUCCGCUGCUCAUACUGCAACACCAAGCUUAGCUUGGCAAACUAUGCCUCCCUGCAAAACAGCGUCUACUGCAAGCCGCACUUCUGCCAGCUCUUCAAGGCCAAGGGCAACUAUGACGAGGGCUUCGGCCUCCGGCCGCACAAGGAGCUGUGGGAAAGCAAAGGUGAGGAUGCUGAGACCAUGCCACAGUCCAACACUCCGACUAAGCUAAAGAUCCAGAGCCCGGUGCCGGCGUCGGACCUGGAGAGCCCCACUGUGGAAGACUCCCCGCUGGCUAAAGUCAAUGUGCUGAUGGCCACCAUGGAGGCUCUGGGACAAGGGUCGUCGGAGAGAGCCGACAGACCCGCUGAGACCCGCAGGCUGAAAAUCUCCUGGCCACCACGCACAGAAGCAGAGGACAGCCGCAGUGGAGCCACAACAAUCACAGAGGAGUGCUUCACCAGUAAGCCCAUCAGAGCCAUGUGGCCCCCAGAGGAGGAGCCCCCCAUCUCACCCCCAGAACAGGCCAGAGAGCUGUCUCUCCUUCGCCGCAGUUCCUCCCUGAAGGAGCUGAGCAUGCCCUUCACACUGUCAGGACCGGCUGCAAACACUCAUGCUCUUGAGGCCAGAAAACAGAGUCCGGCGGCUCCUGUGGAAGACGGGCAGCUCAGCCCUGAAGUGUCAAGCAUGGAACUGCAGCACGACAGCCGGACCCCCACGGAGGACAGUUGUGUGGACGUCCACAGCAGCUCAGGAGAAGAGGAGCAGGAAGGGGAGAUGAAGAGUCUCACUCCCAGUGAAGAUGGUGUGUUGGAGGAAGUGAUGCCACCUCUGAGACAGCAGGAGACGCCAACAGAGCCCACAGCCGUGUCAUCUUGUGAGGGAGAGGUGGAGGCCAGCCGCUCGUUUCAGGAUGUGGGGUUCUGGGACAGUGACGAGGUGGAUGAUCAGGAAGAGGUGGAGCAGCAGGAGGUGCUGACCGUGGAGGAAAUGAUCAAACAGAACAGAUGCUAUGAGGAUGAAGAGGAGGAAGAGGAUGUAUAAACUGAAUUCCGUUUUGGCCCACAAGUGUGACCACUCGCAGGAAGUCGCGUCGCUCCUUCCUGGGGAAACGCCAUGUCCUCUCGAGCGUUGCUGCAGCUCCACCGAGCUCCUUAUUUGUGCCUCUUAAAACCUUCAGAUCAUUCCUACAAGAGAUUUGACCAGACCCCUGGAGAAUGUGUUGCUCUGGCGUGUUUUUAAAUGUACAAUAUUUAAAAUGAUUUGUUACAAUUAUAGAACAGAAAUGACCAAAAGUUUAAAAAAA